GACCUGCUGGACACAUGGUAUCCGCAGUAUCUACGCUGCACGCAGUAUUUCCUCGAGCAAGGCCAGUUCUCACCCGCGGUCCUAUCGCUGGCCGCGUUUCUGAACAUCCGUCUACCGUGCCAGCGGGGCGAGCGGCAAGAAAGCUCCUCCUUCUCGUCCUCGGACGCAGGGGGGCCAGCAGCAGUAGCAGCAGCAGCAGCGCAUGUGCAGCUGCGGCGGUACGUCCGGCGACUCGUGGUGACGGCGCACGACAGCCCCGAGGUGCUGCAGGCCUUCUUCGGGGCGGAGUGGGCGGGCGGGGUGGGCUGUGUGGUGCAGCAGGAGCGGCAGACGUACCUGUUUACGGCGAAGAGCAGCGGGUGGGCGGCGACCAAAGCGGCGUACGACCUGUUGCCGGACGAGCAGACGCCCUUCCUGCGUCCGCUGCGGGCGCCGGCGGAGGAGGAGUUGCGGCUGGCGGAAUCGCGGUGGAGUGACUGGCUGGCGAUGGAGGACUGGAUGGUGGGGCCUCGGAGUCCGUGG